AUGAGGAAUAUCACAUUGGAAGAUGCAUUGUACCAGGCGAAGCUUCUCCUCUUCAUUGCCGAGCUCUUCUACGCCUUCGGUCUAUUCUUCGCCAAGGUCUCGAUCCUCAGUCUCUACUGGCGCAUGUUCCGAGUCAGCAACAUUCGACUACCGAUUCAAAUUCUCUUUGGAUGCGCCAUCGUCUGGAUCAUUUUCCGAAUCUUUAUGGGCAUCUUUCACUGCGUUCCUGUCAAUGCGUUCUGGGACUCAACGGCAGGCGGCUACUGCGCCAUUGAGGACAAGAAGUUCUUCUUUGGUACGACGUUGGUACAUGCUGCCAUUGACAUUGCUAUCUUGAUCCUUCCGAUGUGGCAGAUUGGUAAAUUGCAGUUGCCUAUGAUUCAGAAGGCUGGUAUCAUGGUCAUGUUCACCUUUGGCUUCUUACGCAGUAUUUGCGCUGCCGCUAUCCGACUUAUUGUCGCUGCUCGCGUCUUUAAUGACAAGUCCGCCGAUUUGACGUGGAAUAUCUGCGACAUUGUCAUCUGGGCGACAGUCGAGGUCAAUCUGAUCAACGUUUCCGCUUCACUACCCACGAUCCGACCCGCGUGCACAUACAUCUUCACCUGCACACAUCCCCGAACCCGAACAGGCGCCAGCUCAGGAAGUUACCCCAACAGCUACGGCCGCAGUCAAACCAAGCAGUCCAUCCGUCUCGACACCAUCAACAAAUCCACGCCCAACGACGAAUCUUCCUCUACCCACCAACUCGCCGAAUCCGACGACGGCGGUGGUCGCGGCUCAGUGUCAGACUUUGAGAGCCACGCCAUCGACCGGUUCAGACCAGUGGGGAACAAGUACACAUCUACAGUCACGGGUCAAAGUCCAGGCACUGGUGAAUUUGGAGCAAAUUUUGGUGGCAUUCUCGUCAAGAAUGAGACGACGGUGCACGUUUCCAAACACUGA